CAGCGCAGGUCAUGCUGUGGCCUUGCCGCCAACCCCUGCAACGCCUGAAGAGGAAACGGCUCAGAGCACUGAGACGUCAAAGUCUGCCUCAAAUGAUCCCAAGGUCUUUCUCAAAUCCAAUGAUCUCAAGAUUGGUGUGAUGAACGAUGGAAGUGCUGUGGCCUUGCCGCUAACCCCUGCAACGCCUGAAGAGGAAACGGCUCAGAGCACUGAGACGUCAAAGUCUGCCUCAAAUGAUCCCAAGGUCUUUCUCAAAUCCAAUGAUCUCAAGAUUGGUGUGAUGAACGAUGGAAGUCUGGAUCAGCCUUUCUACUACUCCCAGAGCACCCAAAGAUGGACCAAGUUGACCUACGGCCACAAGAAGCUGGACCUCGCGGUCAAGGUCAAUGGGGAAUUGGCCACCCUUGGAAGUGAAGCCACCAUCGACGGCGGCCACGAGUCGACUUCGACGUCUGUUGCCGUGCGCUCGCAGCUCAUGGUGGAGGGUAGCUACGACUUUGUUGGGGAUGGCUUGGUCUUGAAAAUGACCUUCUCCUUCUCCGCUUUGACGCCCUUGUCUGACGUCAAGGUGUGGCUGGGCACCUCCGAUGACUGGAUCGGGGAGGAUGAUCGACCCGCCAAGGAGACAGGUGAUUUUGACCACGGUUUCGUCCCUUCAAAGGGCGGCAAGAUCCUACGCGUCCAGUCAGGAAAAGAGGAGGUCUUCGCAUUUUCGCCCAAUGCCGGUAGCAAGGCCAUCAUCCUGCAACACUACGGGAACUGGCCACGGGUCUACGCCUCAGACCAGUCGGAUGUGUCCCGAAGCUCCUCCGACGGGGCCUACGCCAUCUAUGUACCGCUGGGCAGCAUCGAGGUGGGCCAGACUAAGGAGGCCACCAUCUUCUACGCCGCCUCGGGCGCGAAUCAGCUGGAAAAAUUGGCAGUUGUCAGCGAGGAAGCGGAUGAAGUGGCAGAAACCGCUGAGAGCGGCACCACAGCCACCACGGCCACCGCGGCCACGGCCACCACAGCGGCCACGGCUGCAGUUAGCACCACCACUGCGCCUGGCAUGGCGGUGCUCAAAACAGACUUCCUGAAGAUUGCAGUGAUGGAGGAUGGAAGCUUGGGGCAGCCCUUCUACUUUAGCUCCCAGCGCGCACCCCACCUCGACCUGGGUACAGGGCAGGUGGAGAAUCAGCAAGGAGGCUGGACCAAGCUGACCUAUGGCAACAAGCAGCUGGACUCUGCCAUCAAGGUGGAUGGACAUCUGGCGCAUCUCAGCGGUGGCUCGGCGAGCUCGGCGAGUUCGGCAGGGCAGGAAAGCCAGAAAGUUUGGCUGGAAUUUGUACAGCAAAUUGAUACGGCAAAGAACGGAUGGAAGGGGUAUUCGGAGUAUUCGAGUGCCACACGACAGAUCUCACGGAAAUGCACUCCCAUCACAGAACAUGGUGACUUCCACGCAGCCAAAAGGUGGAAUCCUUUGACUUCCAAAACUGAAAAUGAGUUGAAGGAAUUCGUCGCCAACAAGCACAUUUUACGACCCAAGAUCUAG